AUACUUGCUAUGAAAACAAAGGAUGUUGGUGGGGGUUAGGGAAGGGGCGUUACCGGCGUAAAUAGGAUGAAGUUAUUGUGGGGACUAUGGAAACUCCCAAUGAGUCUGAAAGUUCAUUUAUUCCUUCGCAUUGUGGUGGAUAUGAUAACGAUUUUGAUCUCUACAGUGAACCAUGUGAUGAUUUAAAGGAUUUUGAUUAUAAUUCAUCUGAAGAUGAAUCAGAGCAUUCAGACGCAACGUACACAAAGGAACAUGUUACAAAGUCAACUCUAGACGCGAAUGACCUAUGUGAUAGCUCGUAUAACAGACCAAAGAGUAGUCUUAGUUUACGUUAUGACAGAUAUGACAGUGACAUAUUUGAAAAGAGAAAUAACAGAAGAGUACGUGCCAGAAGCUGUGAUCCAAAGAAACGUGUAACAUUUGAGAAAACAGAUGAGGAUGAAGAAAUACAGGACUUUUUGUCAGCAUUUCAACGCAGUCUAAAAUUGCUGGGCCUAGAAACGAAUAAAUCCUAUACUACCUGUUAUAAGGCAACAAAUAAUUCUAUCAGCAGGCGGACACCAACACCACGAUUGUGUACUAGAUUGCAUGAACGCUCAUUAUCGUUGGCCAACCUUAGGCAAGAUGACAUGUACACCAUGCUCAGAGAUCGUGAACUGUUGUCUAAAGCUGUUUAUGAGGAGUGGUAUUUUCGCAAGUUAAUGCAGGAGCGUGCAGCACGUGAGAGGGAGAGAAUUAAACAAAAACAGCAACAAGAGAAAUCUGAAAAUGUCCGCCAAAAAGCACAACUGGAGUUCCAGCGAUGGUGCAGUCAAAAGAGAGAGAAGGAUCAUGAACCGAAGAGUAAGAAACAUGAUGACACUCAGAUUGGACUUGCCACCACAAGUAAUCAAGAGAUCCGUGCAAAAGCAGAAUCUGCAUUCCAUCACUGGCUGCAUCAGAAAAGGAAGGCCCAAAUGAAGAGCAGAAAGGAGAAAAAUAAGUACUUGUUGGAGAACAAUGAAGAACAGGUUCAAAACAGCAAAAAACAACAGGAUUCUGAGAAGAGAGCUCAAGCUGAGGCAAGUUAUCGAAUAUGGAAACAACGUGCAGAUGAAGCAUUCCAAGCAAAGAAUAAAGAGGAAGUCAUGAAGAGAAGGCAAAAGGCAGCCAAAGAGAGAAAAGAGAAGAUGGAAAAGGCGGAGGCAGCUCAGAAGGCAUUUGCUGCCUGGAAGGCACUUAAGGAUACUGAAAUCAAAACCCAACAAGAAAGAAACAGGCGACGUAACCGAGUCAAGAUACAGAGAGAACAGAUGCGUGCCACAGAAAGACUGUACCAGGCAGAGCAGGCAUUUGAAGACUGGCUGGAGAGAGUGGAACAUAGGAAAAAAUUUGGCCGAUCAGGUCCUGUUUCACCUGUACCAUGGAAUCCAGGUGGAGGGCCAAUACAGCUAACAUAAUUUAUUUAGUGGUAUCUGGUUAAGAACAUAUCAGAACCAUUUCUCCAACAGAAAUUUUAUUCGAAAAAUUAAAAAAAAAUUAAGAAUAAAUUUAUGAUUUUUCUGUUAUGUUAAUGUUUUUUUUUUUUUUUUAAUUUCAUUCUUAAUUUCUUUGUUGCCAGAAAAUAAAUGAUCAUUUCUGGGAUCAUAAUGAGAUUCCUAUAUUUAAAGAAGAGAAAUGUAAGAAUUCGUUGGAAGCGUCUUUCAGUUAUGACAAUAUCUUUCAUUGAUUUCUUAGCAUAAAAUAUGAUCUCAUACAUGUCUUUUUUUUUUAACCAACAAUAUUAGCAGACUGUAUAUCGACAAGUAUUAGCUGUAUUUAGUUCCAAACAGCAUUGUAUGUGAGACGUAAAUGUGGAAUUUCUAAAAAUACUGAGAUCUCAUAUUUUUUAAUGUUAUUGAGAUAUAUUAUCAGUUUUGUAAAUUGUAAUUCUUCUGUUAUGUUAAUAUUGUUUUUAUGAUUAUUCUUAUUGUCUUUGUUGGCAGACAAUAAUUUUUUAAAUACUGAGGGUCUGCUCUUCAAAUCUCUCUCUCUCUCUCUCUCUCUCUCUCUCUCUCUCUCUCUCUCUCUCUCUCUCUCUCUCCCCCUCACUCUCUGUGCUGACAUCUGCAUUUCUCAGUGAAUAACCUGAAAUUACUAUCCUGCCAUUGAUCUAUAUUUUGUAGUUUACAAACAAAUAGAUUCAAAUUUUGAAGUCUCUAACUAAGACUUUCUUAGAUGUGUUAGGCCCGUGUCACUAUGUUUGAACACAAGUAAAGUAGAUCUUUGUUCGUACAUUUUCUCAGUUCUUGUCCCAUUCCUGACCAUGACCAGUUGGUCACUAGCACAUGUUCUGUUCAUA